CUUUUAAAAAUAUUACAUUUCUGUAGCAGGAUUAUAAAUGAUGUUGUUAUAUACUGGCUUCGUUGAAAAACGGAAGCUCCCAGCCAGGUUCAUCAGGCUCUGUUAGCCUUGGGAAAGCAAGCUGGUGAACUGGGUUCUUUGUGGGAAAGAAAUUUAGGGACUCCUACGUGAAGCUUUUUGGAUGGAGUGUGGCUUGCCCCUUUAUCUGUAUAGCAAAAGGAUAGGCCUGUAAUGAAAAUCAGCUACCUUUACUCUGUGCUUGAGCUUUGAGUGAAAAAUCCGAGUGUUCUUCAUCAAAGUGGGUGGUGUGUGUGCUUUCUUGGGGGCUGGGACUGGGGUAAAGCAAAUGAGGCAUUAAGGGUGUAACCAUAAAGCGCAUGACCCUGAGACAUGGUGCCUCCCUUGCCUUGUCCUCUUCAUGCUGAUGGAUGACCUGUCCUUCAUGCUGAUGGAUGACCUGUGUCCACAGGUCACAGGUUUCAGGGUUUCAGAGAGUUAUAGGACUCACCAAAAAAAUCCCUCCUUUUUUUUUUUUUGUCCACGGCCCACGGCAACCAGUCGUACACGUUUGUACAAUUUAUUUUGCAUAUGAUUGUAUGCUACCUAAAAGCACGUAUUACCUCUCUAGGCUUUCAUUCUCUUUCCCUUGCCUCAAUUUUGGGGUAUAAAUAUACGAUUUUUUCUAAUGCAGUCAUCAGCGUUCUGGUUUCGCUUUGGCUGCUUGCCAAAUGGUGCCUGGAGCAGCCCCCCGUUUCUCGCUUACCUCCUCUAGCUUGAUUGGUUCUUUUUUUUUUACAUGGGCUGAGUUCUGUGUUUUGUUGAAGGCAUCUGUGACAGCAGUUAGGGUUCAGUUUGUAGCAAAUGCUAGGAUGAGGGAGCACCGUGGGCUCCCUCGUUCAGGAACUAGAAUAUAUGUUACCUUAAGGUGAGCCUGGAAGGAUACCCGAAAGAAGUAUUUGUUUCUGUCUGCUUCCCAAGGACUGGGGGCGGGACUCCAGCAAGGGCUGGGGUGUGUGUGUGUGUGUGUGUGUGUGUGUGUGUGUGUGUGUGUGUUGCUCUGAUCUCAGCUGCCUCAGACCCUGUCACAACUUGCUCGUGCCCUCAGCUGCAGGAAUCCUCGGUGGAAACCCAUUAAUGUUCGCUGUCGAACUCCACAUAUGCCUUUGGAACUGGCUCACUGUCAUUCCCCAGGUGUCUCUGGGGGAGACCAUGUCAACUGCCACCGUCACUUUGGGGGAGUUCUGCGACAGCGUGCCAGCUGCUGGAGUCCCCUGCUGUGGAGCCCUGUGGCCCCUUUCACUGUGAAGUAUCCCCAGGCCAAAUUGGUGGGUAAACGAGGUAAUCCUUGGUGGUGCUCUGAGAAGAUUUUUUAAAAUUCUUGACCAACAGGACAGUCAGCUUCCUGGGACGCCCGGGUGGCUUGGCGGUUGAGCGUCUGCCUUCGGCCCAGGGCCUGAUCCCGGGGUCCUGGGAUCGAGUCCCACGUCAGGCUCCCUGCAUGGAGCCUGCUUCUCCCUCUGCCUGUGUCUCUGCCUCUCUCUGUGUCUCUCAGGAAUAAAUAAAUAAAAUCUUAAAAAAAAAAUAGGACAAUCAGUGACUCUCAAGACACCCCGUAAGGUAUCAGUAUCAACCUUGCAGAGAGGGGAAGCUGCUGAAAGAGUCCAUGCAUUGGUCCUAACUGGCAUCUUGGAGACCACGCAGGUCAAGGAACUGAGAUCUGGGACCUGAUCUUGACUCCACCAGGGGCAAGCUCAGUUGCCCUGGGGCCUGUUCCCCUAACUACAAAAGAAUGGGAUUGGCCCACCGCUGCUUAAAAUAUAAAAAUUAGGCGACUUGUUAACUCAAGUUUCCAGCUUUUUUUAAAAAAACAAACAAAAAACAAAACCCGAGAUGACUGGAUUCUCUAACACGGUGCUGUUAGAAUCGAGUUUACCACUCCCGGCUUCAGGCCUUCCUGUCUUUGUAUUCAGGGUAGUAGAUGCUCAUGAAAUCUUUGUGGAAAUGUGAUUUUUUUUUCAUCCUGUCCUUGUCCAUCACAGAUGGGAAAGGCUACUGGAGCUUCUGAAGCGCUUACCUCUGAGAGCUUGUUUCCUUCCCGACGGUUCCUUUCUAGGCUCCAGCGUCUUUAGAGUCACUGGCAAGAAAAUGAGGAGCCUGUGUUUUUCACUGGACCCCUUACUAGCUCUGCCUUGUAACUGCAAAAGGUGGUCUACGCUUCCGUCCCCACGCCCAUCUCCAUUUACAGCUGUCAACUUGCCUUCAUAAUGUUACUUCCGAGCGUUUGUGGCGUGACCCUGGCCCCAUGGAAGCAGCAUGUGGGCUCCGGUGCGCAGCCCAGUGGGCUAAUGCAGCUGCGGCGGUGGGGACGAUAAAGAGGAGCCACAGGGAUCGUUUAUCAAGCACCUCCUGGGUAUACGGGGAUGACUUUAAGCCUCCGUCGAGUCCCCUCACGCGGAUCCUAAGUCACCUGCCACGUCACGGGUAUUGGCUGCAUUUGUGGUUUUAAGAAAGCCGGAGGGCCGGGACGCAGCCCUGGGAGCAGCCCUUCCCGUGGGCACUUGGAACCUUCUGGUCCAGAGGAGAAGCCGCCCCCUCACUCGGACCUAUGACCCGCGGCUUCGCCCCCGGUCCGCCCACUGAGUUCCACGAGAUGGGCUCCUUCCGCAGGCCCAGGCCGCGCUUCAUGAGCUCCCCGGUCCUCAGCGAUCUGCCCCGGUUCCAGGCAGCGCGGCAGGCUCUGCAGCUGAGCUCCAACUCGGCCUGGAACAGCGUCCAGACCGCCGUGAUCAACGUCUUCAAAGGGGGUGGCCUGCAAAGCAACGAGCUCUAUGCACUGAACGAAAACAUCAGGAGGCUGCUGAAGAGUGAACUUGGAUCAUUCAUUACAGACUAUUUCCAGAAUCAGCUUCUUGCAAAAGGCCUGUUGUUUGUGGAGGAGAAGAUUAAGCUGUGCGAAGGUGAAAGUCGCAUUGAGGUUCUGGCCGAAGUGUGGGACCACUUCUUCACUGAGACCCUCCCCACCCUGCAGGCCAUAUUUUACCCAGUUCAGGGCCAGGAGCUGACCAUCCGCCAGAUAUCCCUGCUGGGCUUCCGCGACCUGGUCCUGCUGAAGGUGAAGCUGGGUGACUCGCUGCUGCUGGCCCAGUCUCAGCCGCCCUCGUCCAUCGUCCAGAUGUUGCUCAUCCUGCAGAGCGUUCACGAGCCCACAGGCCCGAGCGAGGGUUAUCUGCAGCUGGAAGAACUGGUGAAGCAAGUGGUGUCUCCUUUCCUGGGCAUCAGCGAGGACCGCGGCGUCUCGGGUCCCACAUACACGUUGGCCCGACGCCACUCGAGGGUGCGGCCCAAGGUCGCCGUCCUGAGCUACGCCUCCCCGACUGUGGCCACCAGCCGGCCGCCCCCCGAGACGGCGCUGACGCCGCUGACGGAGCAGGAAGGCGAGGCCUACCUGGAGAAGUGUGGCAGCAUCCGGCGGCACACGGUGGCCAAUGCCCCCUCGGACAUCCAGCUGCUGGCCAUGGCCACCAGGAUGCACCCGGGCCUGGGCGAGGAGCCUGGUGGCGACGACAAGUGCCUGCUCCUGCCGCCCAGCUUCUCCCCACCCCACCGACAGUGCUCCAGCGAGCCCAACAUCACCGACAGCCCUGACCAGCUGGAGCAGGUGACCGGGGGCAGCCAGGAGGACGCUGAGCUCAACUGUGCUUCCCUGAGCUGAGUGCCCACCUCCGGGUUCCCUGCGGUGGCCUGGCCACCCGUGUGAACACGGCUCCCAUCCCUGGGGCUCCCGAGGGGUGUCUCCCGGGGGCGCCGCUGUCUCUGUCUACCUGCGGAUCUGCCGGGCACAGGCCGGGCCCCGGUGGCCUGGGGGGACCCUGCUCAUGGACCUCUCCAUUUUCCUGACUGUGACCACGUCUUUGCAGCCACGCAGGCCCAGACCCGGCUGCCUGCUGCUCACUCUCUGCUUGCCCGACUCCAGAGCCUCCUCUCUGGGCUCUCCCCCCAGAGGCAUCUGACGCUGCUCCCGUCCCCUGGCAUGACGACAGCAGGGAUGUGUUGGUGCCUGGAGUCCCCCUUUAGGUCCCCGUGGUGCAGGCUCCCAGUGAGAAGCGGGGCCUCGGCCCCCCUGUCCUGAGCCUAGGGAAAGCAGGUGGCAGCCCCUGCCUAGCACGACUCCAAGGGCGCACCUUCCUUGUCUCAGUAGUCUCAGAACUACUGGGAAGAGUGGUCCCUCUGGUGGGUGAGGGUCAUCCUCACCUGUAUCCAGAUCCUACAUGCCGCCCCUAGCCUUUGGCCCCGGAGGGCCGCACGGCUGGAGAAACCCCCUCUCGGAGGAAGCCUCAGCGCUCCCCUCUCCGGCCUCCUCCCAAGCUCGGGGAACAAACCCCCCCAGUGGAGUAGCUGGUGCCUUCAUUGCUCUCUCUUUUCAGAAACUGGUUGUUUUCCUGUCAUGGGUUAGGGACCAGCUGAUGCCAACCAGUUAGUCUGUUCCUGGAUUUGACUUGAAUUUUUAAAAUGUGCAUUGUUUCAAAAAAAAUUUUUUUUUGUUUGCAAAUAUUUGCACGUAGGAUCUUGCACUGCUCAUUUCCAGGGGGGAGGUGUGUCUUCUUCAAAGUUGAACCUGAACAACCCCCGCCCCUCCCCGCCCAGGAGAGGAGCCUGCAAGUGGUUCAGGGUGCAGGGGAGCUGGGGUGGGUGGGGCUCGUCAGCCGCAGAGCGCUGGACGCAGCUGGACCGGAAUCCAGAUUGGCCUCCCCUUGUGAGCGUCAUGGCCCGUAGCACGGAGGUAGGAAGCCUCAGUUUGCCUCAAGAGUAGAGGGGCCUAGCAAGUGGAACGUCUUAGGGCAAGAUGGGGGCGAUGUGGGCGAUGUGGGCAGGCCCCUUUUUUUGGAGAAAUGUUCAUUGCCUGUGAUUACAGAAGUGCCCAGAAGUGCCUGGAGUUUCUCACAUCCGAGCUCUCAAAAUGCUGUCCGGGGCAGCGGGCUUUGGUGCUGCGCUGCAUCCUUGACACUGCCCUCUCCGGGUUCCGGCUUCUUAUCCACCUGGAACCCUUGUUCUCUUUCUGUUUGCCUGUUGGCCCCGCUGACAGCAGCUCCAGAAAAAAAAAAAAAAAAAAAAAAAAAAAAAAAGCUUUCCUGAAUGCUUCUGGUACCUUCUGGGGGUCCCGCCCCGCUGGUCUUUGGAAACUGUUAAUGACCUCCCGGAGACGUGAGGCCGCGUGGCUUCCAAUAUGGCAGGAGGGAGCUGGGAGGGGACGGGGACACUGAGCUGCCAGCAGGGGAAGAGGCCUUCGAGGCCUAUCUAAGCCUUGACGGCACAUCCCUUCCGGGUGAAGAUCUGGAAUGUGACCGGGGUCGUGCUCUGGAGGGCUCGUAAUUCGGAAAGUUUGUUGAAAGAGUUGUCUCGUUUUUCUUCUCCGGAGAGCGUGGGGAGGAGAGAUGUCCGAAGGAGACCCUCUGAGAAGGUCCAACAAAAAUGAUCCCUGUGCGGGUGUUGGACAAAGUCCACGGACUGACCGAUGUGACGAUCCGUUUGCCCGAUGGUGUCUGUCCUCACUGGUGACACUUAGCACUUGGGACUAGUGUCUGGGGGUCCGGGCCAAGGCGUUAGCCACGCUCAGUUCACAACAUUCACGACGACAGAUGUGCUUUUAAAUGCCUUGUCCCUACGCUGGCCGGCCCCGAGCAGGACAGCGGCCGUCAGUUAAACGCGUGAGCGCUCAGGCCGAGCGCGGGAGCGCCAGCCCCGGCCCGUGUCCUCACCUGCUGAUGGCCGUUAGCCACUUUACAGCUUCACCUGGACGCCCGUCCUGAUAGUGCACAGCGGGCGUCUCAGACCCUGCUCGGAAGAUUCUGUGGGAUGUUUAGGGGCUGGUGAGCCGUCGGGGACAUUUGCGAGGGCGAUGGCUGUGGCAUCUGCAACCACCUCUUCUCUGACCUUUAUGAGAUGCAGCGGGGAUCUCCUGGCGGCUGCGUUUUACUGCCAGGAAGCGAUCUCAGCUCCGAGCUCUGAGUGAGCUCACAGCCCAAAAGCCUUCCCGUGUUGCCUGUUUCCAAAAUAGAUUCAAUAAACAGCGUGUUGUGCACGUCA